AUGACCCAGCACCAGUAUGUUGACCUCCUUGCCGCUGGAUGCUUGGGUAAAUGGUUUGACACCACACUGGGUGAUAGCAGAAAUAACAAAGAGCGCAUCAGGCAGCAACUGAGGAAUGGGCUUGCAAAGAUAGAGGGAACAAGCCUACCAGGGAAGUUCAAGGCAUGGCUUUUCCAGCAUGGCCUCCUGCCCCGUCUUCUGUGGCCACUAAUGUUGUAUGAGAUCCCAACAUCGACGGUUGAUAGCUUGGAAAGCAUGAUAAACAAGAGCCUGAGACGAUGGUUCGGACUUCCAUCAUGUAUGACAAGUAUUGGACUCUACAACAGAAUCGGAAUGUUGCAGCUCCCUCUUUCAUCAAUUGUAGAGGAGUACAAAGUUAGUAAGGCAAGGCUCGUGUUGACCCUACGAGACUCUAGUGACAUGAGCAUUAGAAAUGCAGGGAUAGAGGUCAGAACUGGAAGAAGAUGGUCAGCAUCGAAUGCAGUUGAGCAGGCAGAGAGUCGACUGAGACAUCAAGACAUAGUGGGAACAAGUUGUCAAGGUAGACAGGGACUCGGCUUGAACACUAGACAACCGUGGAGUUCAGCCACAACAGUCCAAAGAAGAGAACUUGUUCAGAGCGAAAUCCGAAAGGAAGAAGAAGAGAUAAGAAAGAUGAAAGCAGUCCAGAUGGGGAGCCAGGGAAGCUGGACAAAGUGGCAGACAACAGGGAGGAAACUGUCAUGGACAGAUAUCUGGAAGUACCAGUUUUUUCAACUGCAGUUCCUGAUCCGGGCAGAAGCACUUGCCCAGGGGAGAUACCGCUGGAGACAUGACCAGGUACUCCGAGAGGUAGCGGAUACACUUGAGAGACACAAGAAGAAGGCACGAGUACAUGCAGGGGCAAAGCACAUCAACUUUGUACCAGCAGGGACAGUAAUGAAGGGUACAAAGGGAGGACAUCCGAGUAUCCUAGACGGCACAAAUGACUGGGAACUACGGGCAGAUCUAAUGAAACAGCUGAAGUUUCCAGACAUUGUCCACACUACCCUACACCCAGACAUUGUGAUGGUCUCCGGAAAGACAAAGAAGAUCAUCCUGGUAGAGCUGACUGUCCCGUGGGAAGAAAGAUGUACUCAGGCACAUGAGAGAAAGAAGGCCAAGUACGAAGAUCUCGUCCAGGAAUGUAGAGAGGCCGGGUGGAGAGCAUGGAACUACCCGAUUGAAGUGGGAUGCAGAGGGUUUCCUGCACCAUCGCUGGGAAAGAUGUUCCAGGAUAUGGGAAUAGAGGGACAGGCGAGAAAGCUGGCCAUUAAGAAGGUAUCACAGGCAGCAGAAAGAAGCUCCAGCUGGCUGUGGCUAAGGAGAAACGCCAGUAGCUGGAAGCCAUCCACUAAUGGGUAG